GGGGAGGUCGGUUCUACGGGUUAAUGACUAUGUAUGUACAUACACCCGGCGCGCCUUCCUCCGAAAGUCCCGCUUUAAAGUACUAGUAAUCGAGGAAACAGACCAAGACUACAUACACGGAAGCUCACCAAACGAGGGCUGAUCGGAGAAGCUUAUAGUGAAGAGAGUAUCGGCACAGGAAGGGGAGCUUGGGGGAUGUCGAAGAAGCCGGAGGCGAUUCCAGCCGACUGGCACGUUCUUACGCUCGAAGUCCCGGUCUCCAAUGAGCGAGAGGCCCAGAUAAUAGUCCAGACGAUCAGCCCCGACAAGCCCGUCAAGUCGCCCCACUUCAUUCGUCGCUCGAUCUCGAUCACCAAAAACUCGAUUCAUGCCGGCCAUACCGUUCCCACCAGCUCAGCAACUUCCUUCAUCCAGAUCUCCGUCGCCGCUUUGACGCUCCGUCAGGCCCGCGUGUCGAUGGAUCAUCUCUUGAGCGACCUCGAACUCGUCGUCGAGACUCUCGCUACUUUUGCUCCCUCUGCCUAACCUUCUUCUCGUUCAGACCGCCCGUCAUUUUCUGGACGGGACGGUUAAUGGUUGCUUGGAGCUGUCUCUAGCUGUCUUCUAGUACCCCCUUUUUUUUGUGGAAAUCAGAACGUUUUCCUUAUGUGCAUGUCGAGUUCUGAAGAAUGGUUAAAAUAAAAAUUAUCAAAUAAUUUGCAAAAAAAAAAAAUAGAUAUUAAAAUACACUUCAUUUUUCUUUUUUGAUUUUUAAAAAAAAAUCACUUUUUGGUAAGAGAGAAAGAAC